UCACCCUCUCCCUCAUCUCUCUAUCAAUAUAUAAGUCACCUCUCCCUCAUCUCUCUUCAUCAACUAUCGUUUUACAUUAUAUAUCUCAAUGGGAUCAACAGCGACGGCCGCUCUCUUUCUCCUCUUAGCGGCAGUCCCUGCCGUCUUCGCCGUAACUUUCAAGGUCGGCGAUACUUCUGGAUGGACCAGUGGUAUCGAUUACACGACUUGGGUCACGGGAAAGACUUUCAGAGUGGGUGACACUCUAGAAUUCAUAUAUGGUCCUUCACACUCGGUGUCCGUGGUUGAUAAAGCCGGCUACGAUGGCUGCGACAGUAGCGGAUCGACACAGAGCUUCGCCGAUGGAGACACUAAGAUCGAUCUUAAAACCGUAGGAACAAAGUACUUCCUUUGCCCUACUUUUGGUCACUGCCUUGGUGGCAUGAAACUCGCUGUUCUUGUCCUUCCCACCCCUUCUUCUCCACCUUCCCCUCCUUCUCCAUCAUCCUCGCCUCCUUCUCCACCGCUUUCCCCUCGCACUCCGCCCAAAACCAGUUCGCCUCCUCCAUCUACAUCUCCGUCCAAAACCGGUUCGCCACCUCCAUCUGCAUCUCCACCAGCCAGUGGCACACCGGAGUCAGACGAAUCAAUGACCCCUCCACCGUCUCCAUUGACGCCUACGCUGUCUCCAUCGCCGCCAAACGCGGCCUCUAAGGGAGUCAUGAGCUAUGGACUGAUUGGAGUGACGAUAAUAUUGAUGUACGGUGUUAUGACCUAACUAAAUCACUGCAUGGUGGAAACAGAGCAUUUUUUGCUCGAUACAUCUUUUUGUUCUCGCUCGGUCUUUGGAAUCAGAGCAUUUUUUGCUCUUUGUGUGUAAACGUAAUUUUAGUUUUUCAUUGGCCAUUUUUUUU